UAUAAAGUCAAGACACUGACCACAAGAACUACAGCUCAUCAAAUUAUUAGGAGGAAACAUCAUGUUCAAGAAGUUCUCAGUGGAGUGGUUGUCCCAGAGCUUCCAUGCUCAAGAUUUGGACCGGGAGAAAUGCUUCAGAAAUGCGCCAAAUGACGCCUUUAGUGAUGCUCCUCAUGCAUCUUCAGAUGCGGUUGGAGAAGGAGAAACCAAGGCCCCGUCUUCUCCUACAAACAGCUGUGGCUACACCUCGGCCUCCGAGAGCGAUGAGAGCGAAGGAGAAUCCGGGCCGCAGCGGCGCGUCAGAACCAAGUUCAGCUCGGAUCAGAUCUCGCGUCUUGAGAAAACCUUCAGCAAACACAAGUACCUCGGUGCGACUCAAAGACGGAAAAUAGCAGAGAAGCUGCAGCUGUCUGAAACACAGGUUAAAACCUGGUUCCAGAACAGAAGGAUGAAGCUGAAGCGGGAAGUUCAGGACAUGCGCGCUGCCGAGUUUUUCGUACCGACAGUUCUCCCGUCGGUGACGUCACUUCAGCACCAGGCCAUGAGCGGACAGCGCACGCCUCUCUAUUACCCGCCACAGAGCCUGCAGCGGAUUCCCGCGCCACAAAUGCCGCCACAGCCACGCCUCCACCCGAUGCUUUUCGCACCCUGCUACUUUUGA